AGACAGUGCAGUGCCAUUGGUGACAUCACCGACUGAUAAUUCUGACUGAGCCUCUACUGUUAGGCUGUGUGGUCGAGAUCAUACUCUUGAUCAAACUGACCGGAUGCAUGCAUACCACAGUCUGUAUUUAGGGGAGUUCCCCAGGUUUUGGUUAGAAUGAGCAUGGAGGAUUAUGACUACCUGUUCAAAAUUGUGCUAAUAGGAAACGCUGGUGUCGGAAAGACCUGUUUAGUCAGACGUUUUACUCAGGGCCUUUUCCCACCUGGUCAAGGGGCUACAAUAGGAGUUGAUUUUAUGAUCAAAACAGUGGAAAUUAAAGGAUUGAAAGUAAAGCUGCAAAUAUGGGACACAGCUGGACAAGAGAGGUUCCGCUCCAUUACUCAGAGUUACUACCGUAGUGCCAACGCCCUUAUCCUUACCUAUGAUAUCACCUGUGAGGACUCCUUCCGGUGCCUUCCAGAAUGGCUGAAAGAGAUUGAACAGUAUGCUAACAACCAAGUGGUGACCAUCUUGGUGGGUAAUAAGAUAGACCUUGCUGAAAAAAGAGAAGUAUUGAGGCAGAGGGCUGAAGAGUUUGCUGUUUCUCAAAGCAUGCUCUAUUUGGAGACUUCAGCCAAAGAGUCAGACAAUGUGGAGAAACUCUUCCUUGAUCUGGCUUGUGAACUGAUUCAAGACGCCAAGCAGAAUACGCUGGACAACAAUGACACUGCCCCAAUGCCUGGGGAGGGCAAAAGCAUUAGCUACUUAAGCUGCUGCAGCCUCAAUUAGAACAUAGUGGUCGUCAUGGGAACCAGCCAUUUACUGUACAGUUCAAAUGACAGGGAUACAUUGCCACAGUCCUCCAAUAAGCUGCCAAGUCUUAUGUCUAGAAGCUGAACUAAGGAGUUUGUUAAGUAGGCAUUCUUUGUUAUAACAGGAAUAACUAAACGUUCAUUUGGAGCAAAACAAUUCAAGCUGCUGCUGUAAUGUGAAACAGUAACUACAGUUCAACAGGAUGCAAACUAUAACUAUCUUUGUUGUUACCUUAUGUGAGGCAUAAGGAUUUGUAAAUGAAUGUUUUGGGAGCUAGGAUCUCAGAUCAUCUUAGACAGAGAAAUACAUGGGUUUUGUUAUAUUGGAUUGGAAUGAAAAUUCACCAGCAGUAUGGCCUCAUUUGAAACCACCACAUAUAUUUUGUUACAGGACAUUUAAGUAGACUACUUAUUACAAAUAGUUACAGCUUGUUUGCAAGAGCAUAAAGUCUUAGCUUGGCUGCUUUCAUGAUUCUGUUUGCUAUUUUUAGCCAAUUUAUCAAGUACAUACAUUCAUAUUGUAUACAGGUCCAAAUACGUUCCUGAUCAAUUUAGAGCUUUUAUUGAAAAAAGGAAAAACUAAUAACAAAGGGGUUUGAUCUUUUAUAUUAAUUGUUUGUUUGAAGCGUAUGAGUAGUUAAGUGAGAUGAACACAAUUUUGGGUUAAAAAAAGGAAUUCACUAGAGGUCCUAUUCACAACAGAUCUCUCCAUCUGUGUUCCAGUUUUGAAAUGUCUGAUUGAAAUGCAGUAUUGCAUGUGAACGCUAUCAGCUGGUUUUGUUUUCUUUCUUUGUUUAUUAUCUGUUAUCUUGGUCUUACUGACACAAUAAUCAGAAUGUUAUGUUUUACAAAGAAACUGUGAAUAUCUUUUCUUUAUCAGACUCUAAUUUUACCUGCUGCUAUGAUUCUGUUUUCAAGUCUGAAUAUUUGUUUAUAGUUAUAUUUUUCUUUGUUGCGUCAGUAAAAAUGCAAAGCAUAUAUUUUUCUUUUUGUGUUUGUUUAAUACAUUUUAGCUAAAUGUUUCUAGUAAUACACUUUACCUGCCAUAAGUUGAAUGAUACCAGACAUAGUAUUUCACAGUUGAUUACAGCAGUGUUCACUUAAUGCAUUAACAAGGGUUCUAGGAAGACAAAUCAUUUCAUUAUUACCCAUUUUCGGUGCACCAUCUCUUUAUCUUUUCUAUUCAGUGUCUUUGCCCUGCCAUGCUUUGACAUUGCCAUGCAUUUUCAAUACUUUUGUGUUGGAAAGUAAGCCAUGUCUCCUGAGUUUGUUUUAUAAUUUGCAUCUAUAUUCCUUAUUCAAGUGACUUUUUAAGCAUGCUUUUACAUAGGAUUUAAGUGUCUAGCUAUAUUUUAUAUACAUUAGCCAUUGUGAUGGUUUACUUAACAUCAUACUUGUACUGUAGUGUGUUUCGUUAUUGUUUGAUGCAGAUGUUUAUUUUCAGACCAGUAUUUAACUUUGCAUAAGCUAUUGCUUUUAUCGUGUUAGUUUAUUUAGUUUUAUGUUUACUGUUUUGUAUCUUUUUAAUAUUUUUACCCUCAAAUAAUACUUUAAUCAUAAUAUUGUUUAAAAAAUUGUUUUUGAACCUUUGAUAUUUUCCCUUUUCAUGCUAAAGUGUAUUAAAUUCAAUAAUCACGAUAA